AUGACAGACCAAAUCAAGACAUUGCAGGAUCAGGUAAAUAGUCUUUUUACCAACCUUAAAGAUCUUCGGUCGCAAAGAUCGUCCAUCGACUCUCCAAACUUCGACGCCUUCUCUCGUGAUGGCUCCCAGUCGGUGUUCACGCCUAUGCAAGCCCCGUUGAGCAAACCACGCAUAAAGCAUCCCCGGUUCCAGGGGCCUACCAGCUCUGCUUUUAACUUCGAUGUCGCAAGGUCUAGUCUACAGAAUAUGGGUAUCGCUCCGCCAGAGGAAGUCAUACCAGACGAUUUGACCACGGCCCAGGUCACACCAGCUGGCUCUCCUCCCCAUGUGGGCCCGUCGUUUCUCACGAUGCACCCCACCAAGGAUCCGAUAUGGUCCAUCAAGCGAGAUGAAGCUCUGCGUCUGUGUCGUGUCUACGAAGAGGAGAUUGGUAUCAUGUACCCGCUUGUAGAUAUAGAGCAGAUCGCCCAGCAAGUGAACCUGCUAUACACGUUCAUGGAAUCAGCGAUACGCACGGGGUUUGCUCAACGGGGGUUGCCUGGUGCUGAUGGUCUUACUGAUGAUAGCACGGUUCUCUUGAAGAUGAUACUUGCUAUAACACUGAUCGUGGAGGGAGGCGGCCAAAGCGAGCUUGGACAGCGGUUGUAUCUGAGCGUGAAGCCAAUAGCUGAAUCCAAACUCUGGGAUACGCUCGACAUCAAGACAAUCCAGAUAUAUGCUAUGAUUGCAACUUUCCAUUUUCACAUGGACGAUGAUGCCAUGGCUUAUCGCAUCAUCGGCCUGGCCGCACGGAUGUGUCUUGAGAUGGGUCUGCAUCGGCGCGAUGCCCUGAACAAGAUGUUUCCUGAUGAAGAACAAUGGCCUGCCGUGGUGAAGACUUUCUGGACAAUCUACAGUCUGGAUCGGCGGUGGAGUCUCGGGACAGGGCUGCCUUUCAACAUUCAGGAUGAAGACAUCGACCCUAACCUCCCGGAGCCGGAUGCUUCGUUGCCGUAUCUGAAAUCAAUGAUAUCAUACAAUCGCAUUAGCUCAAAGAUCUGGUAUUCUGGGCUUGGCUCUGAGGGUGCAACGGACAUACGUCGGGAUGAGAUAGGUUACCUGGAUUACCAGAUCCUGCAGUGGUAUAAACAGGUCCCGGACGCCUUGAAAUUCUAUCCGAUCGAGUCUCCAAAGAAUGGUCAUGUGGAGUCGACGAACCGGGGCCUGAGGCGACUAAGGGUUCUACUGUAUCUCCGCAUGAAUCAGCUCCGAAUCCUCAUCUACCGCCCCGUCCUGCACUCCCCAGCAAGUAUUGCCGAGGAUAAGGGCCAUGCUCAGACGGUGGUGGACGUCGCAAAAGACACUAUCCGCGUGCUCACUCGACUCAAUCAGACAUCCGACAUUUACCGCAGCCAACAGAUCACCUUCAACUACUUCCUCGUGGCUGCUUUGGCGGUCAUCUUCCUUGCUGUCUGCCAUGCACCGACAGAGUUCAACCGACAGGUGCGGGACGAGUUCUACAUGGCACUGAAUUUGAUCAGCGGGUUCAGCACAAAGUCCUACGUGUCAAAGCGUCUCUGGAAGGCUAUCAAAGGUCUCCGAAAGAUCGGAGAACGGCUGGGAGUGCUUAUGCGGCCCUUUGGGUCUGACUCGAAUGAUCCCCAUUCAAGUGCAGCGGUGGCCAUGGCUGGGUUAGCUGGCCACCAAAUUGAAGACUUGUCGGUGUAUGGCCCGAUGAAUGGGAUCGGCGAGCUUGGCAACAGCCCUCUCAACGGGCUGCAGAUGAGCCAUGAGCUCACGAAUCUAUUUGAGGCAGUAGGCGGGUUUGGGAACUUUAUGGCUUCCGGGACACCGGCCGAGGGAAUCAAUGGGUUUGUAGGUCAUGAUGGUGAAAUCCAGAACACGGGGGAGGGGCUCUCAGGAGUGCUUGGAGAUGAAGGCAAAUGGUCCCGGGUGAUCCGAGAUUUGUUCUAA